AUGGCGGCGGCGAGCCAGAGCGAUGCGCCUCACCGGGAGCCCGGGCAACGCCGUCCCAUGUGCGGCGUCUGCACGAAGCCCCUCCGCCUCUGCCUCUGCGGCCGCCUCCGCUCCCCGCCGGUGGACAACGCCGUCGGAGUCACCGUUCUGCAGCACGCGAUGGAGGCCCACCACCCGCUCAACUCCACGCGCGUGGCGCGCCUCGGCCUCCGCAACCUCGCCGUCGUUCAGGUCACCGACGUCAACCACCGCGCCAGCUUCAUCCUCACCACGCUUAAGGCCGGCGGCGGCGCGGCGGCGGCGUCGGGUCUUGCAGGCGGUCCUGUGGCGGCUCAUUUUGGAAACCAUGAUCGGUCUGACGGGGCGGAGGAGAUCGACUUGCAGAAUGGCGGUGACCUUGCGUUUCGUCGUGAUGGGAUUUGCGCCAAAUCAGAUCGAAAAGAUAGUGCGAGCUGUGAUUUUGACGGGUCCGGAUUGAAUGCCUAUGGUUAUCUGGGCGCUGAAGACAUCAGUUUUGGUGAUUCUUUGGAAAGGUUGGAUCUUGGGGACCUCAAUGGUGGGAUCUUCUGCGAUCUUGCUGGAGAGGUUGGUUCUCUUAGUUGCUGCCACAACGAUGGCGGGUGUGUCAGAUUCAUCAAGAAGACGAAGAGUGAUGGACAUCCUGCAGGUCUUGAAAGUCCUACCUCUGCAGCAAACCAGAUAGAGAACUCUGUUGGUGACUCAACUAUAGGUGAAAGCAGCCAUAGAAGCGAGGUGGGGUUGACGUAUAAGGUAAAUGGUAAUGGUAAUUUGUCUCAUUCUGUAGUAGCAACUGACUCUGACUCUGACUCUGACUCAGGAGAAGUUAAUGGGAUGGUUAAUGACUGCAACGGUAUGGGAAAAGAAAUAGAUGAAGUUAGUGCUGCUAUUGGACAGGAUUGGACCAGGAAAAACAUGGAUAAGUGCACUAUUGCGUACACAGAGAAGGAACUAAGGAUUGAUGUUGAACGUGGAGUGAAACCCAAAAUCAGAUGGUUAUCAAGAGGACCACUUGGUGAAGUAGCUGUCUCAAAUGGCUUUCUUGUCACAAAGAUACAGAUGAAGAAGUGUAAACUCACUGGAGAAGUAACAGUGUUUGAGGAAUUCUCAAUCACCAUACCACCAAAAUCUGCUUUGCUAUUUCCAUGCCAGCGGGCAAUCAGCAUCGAUGCUUCAGGUUGUCAGGUACAUCAUUUGAUUGUGUUGGAUGGCACUUGGGCAAAGGCACAAAGGAUGUACCAUGAGAAUCCAUGGUUGCAACUUCUGCCACACGUGAAGCUGGAGUCAGAUAGGGUUAGCUUGUAUAGUGAGGUGAGGCAUGAGCCAAGGGCUGGGUGCUUGUCUACCAUUGAGAGUAUAGUUGUUGCCAUGAGGAAACUGGGAGAGGAUUCAAAGGGAUUGGAUGAUCUCUUGGAUGUUUUUGAGUCGAUGAUUGCUGAUCAGCGACGAUGCAAGGAUGAGAAUGUCAAGCAAAAGCUGAAGUCCUAA